GGACGACCUCGUGCGAAAGACUACAACGAUGAGGUGCAAGAAAUCCUCGCGCUCGCAAACUCAUUGUUCCGAUGCCGCUUGUCUUCAAUCUGCCCAUUUCCGGACCAUGCAACUGCAACUGAGUGGGCGCAGCUGGCUUGGGGCGAGGCAUGUAGGGAGCUCAAGGCCAGAUAUGCUGCAAGCCCGCGCAUCGUCAAGAUAAUCACGCAGCGGUUGUCUCAGGCUCGCAGCGAGCUCAAGGCGAAGGUCAAGCCUCUGGUUGAAAACCUGUAUGGGUUCAACGGCGGCUCUGCAUCCCACAUAAUCCGUCAGAACCGUGAGCGGGCUGUCAAUCUCAAGGUUGAAUCUGCGUUUGUAUAUCUACAUGAUCAUACCGCGCGCAAGGGGAUGUACCGCCAUCCAAUCAUCCAGAAGGCCGUCAAUGCGAUGUGGUUCGCUAACAAGAUUGACGAAGGGAUCCACUAUAGCCGCUUCUUUGAUCCCAUCUCCAUUCAAACGAUGGCGUUUGUCCUCACAGCUAUCCAGUGCGCGAUUGAUGAAUGGGGAACGGGUGCCCGGAUUGACCGCACGUUCUCGUUGAAAGAGUACAAUCCAGUGUACAAGAAUCACGAGGCCAACCUCAAAGCGUUUGAUGGCUUAUGCGACAAUGCUCAUCAAAUCUUACUCGAAAUUCGCCAAGGACUGCUCAAGGAAGCCCGGUAUAGUCCACAUGCAUACAUGUCAGAGUAUCCGCUAACCCCUUAG